AUGGAGGUGGAGGAGGCGUUCCCGCUGGUGGGGCAGAUGGGGCCCUACCAGGUGUACCUGUGCGUCCUGCUCGCCGUGCUGCUCCAGCUCUAUGUGGCCACUGAAGCCAUCCUUAUCGCCCUGGUGGGGGCAACUCCUCCCUACCACUGGGAUCUCGAAGAGCUCUUGGCCAACCAGAGCCACAGCAACCAGUCGGCGAGCGAGCAGAGAGCCUUUGGGGAAUGGCUGCUCACUGCCAAUGGCAGCGAGGUCCACAAGCACGUGCACUUCAGCAGCAGCUUCACAUCAAUAGCCUCCGAGUGGUUUUUAAUUGGCAACACAUCAUACAAAGUCAGUGCUGCCAGUUCUUUCUUCUUCAGUGGUGUUUUUGUUGGAGUCAUUUCCUUUGGCCAGCUCUCAGAUCGCUUCGGAAGGAAGAAAGUCUAUCUUACAGGUUUUGCCCUUGACAUCCUGUUUGCCAUUGCAAAUGGAUUCUCACCUUCCUAUGAAUUCUUUGCCAUCUCUCGCUUCUUGGUUGGGGUGAUGAAUGGUGGGAUGUCACUAGUGGCCUUCGUACUGCUGAACGAGUGUGUGGGCACUGCCUACUGGGCAUUAGCAGGAUCCAUUGGUGGCUUAUUCUUUGCUGUGGGAAUUGCCCAGUAUGCCCUGUUAGGGUACUUCAUUCGUUCCUGGAGGACUCUGGCUGUUGUGGUUAACCUGGAAGGAACUGUAGUCUUUCUCCUGUCUCUAUUCAUUCCAGAGUCCCCCCGUUGGCUGUAUUCACAAGGUCGGCUGAGUGAAGCAGAAGAUGCCCUCUACCUCAUUGCGAAGAGGAACCGUAAGCAGAAGUGCACUUUUUCAUUAAAACUUCCAGCAGAGAGGAGCCCCAGAGAGACCAAUGCCCUUUUGUCAGGUAAAGCUGCUACUUUGGUUUUACUACUCUUUUUUUUUUUUUUUUUUCCUAUCUUUUAUAGGUUUGUGUGCAGCUUGGUAUACUACGGUCUUACCCUGAAUGCAGGUGACUUAGGUGGAAGUAUUUACACCAAUUUAGCCCUUUCGGGGUUGAUAGAAAUUCCAGCAUACCCGAUCUGUAUUUACUUGAUUAACCAAAAAUGGUUUGGUCGAAAGCGAACUUUGAGUACGUUUCUGUUUCUGGGAGGCCUGGCUUGUCUUAUUGUCAUGUUUCUUCCUGAAAAGAAAGACACAGGAGUGUUUGCAGUGGUGAAUAGUCGCUCUCUGUCUUUGCUGGGAAAGCUGACGAUCAGUGCUGCGUUUAACAUUGUUUACAUCUAUACGUCGGAACUCUAUCCCACGGUGAUAAGGAAUGUUGGAAUGGGUGCCUGCUCCAUGUUUUCACGCGUUGGUGGGAUCAUUGCUCCCUUCGUCCCUUCGUUGAAAUCUGUGCAGUGGUCUCUGCCAUACAUUGUGUUUGGAGUGACUGGUCUUCUGUCUGGGCUUUUAAGCUUGUUGCUGCCAGAGACAUUAAACAGCCCUUUGUUAGAAACCAUUUCAGACCUGCAGGUAUGCACAUACUGGAGAUUGGGUGAUGAAGCCAUGUCAUUGCAAGCACUGGAUGGCUCUCAGUCUGGAGACAAAGAUAGUUCUGCAGGCAGUGAAAGUGAAGAUGAGGAGUUUUACGAUGCUGAUGAAGAAACCCAUAUGAUCAAGUAAUGAAAAGAAGAAAUGAUGAUCUACUUUAUGCCUUUUCGUACUUGUCCAGUCAGUCCAGCUGUAAGACAAGAAUAUUGGGAACCACUUGUUCAGGGGACAUAACUGGACUAGUGCCUGUGUCUGUCCUAUAUUAGGAAAGGGCUUUGAGUACUGUUCAGGUUCAUUACACCAGUGAUGGUUUCCAUGUGUGACAGCCGCUCAAAUUCUUGUGGUUCAGGAUGUCAAUAUGCAGACUGCGUUUGAAGCCAGGUGAGAUGGCAAGGGAGGGAUAAUGUGUUUCUGAAACCUAGAAAGUUAUUCAACAUUUGGACAGGUCGUCAAUGCACACACUUGCAUUUUCUUUUCAGGGUGG